CGCCCCCUUCCUCCGCGUUUGUGUGGUGGCGGCGUGCCGUUCUUCUUUCUUUCUUCCUCCGCGUAUUAGCGGUGCCCAGUCGACACACAUAUGCAGCGCCUCGCCGCCGCCGGCUUCACCGCGGCUGGCGCCGUCGGCGGAGCCGCCGCCGCCGUGCUCGUCGGCGGCGCGUCGAGGCCGUCCAAAGAGGAGGAGCCGUCGCCUGCGGCGCUUGCACGGCGCUUCUGCCCGUAUGGACUGCCCUCGGACGAGCACGUUGUGGUCAAGCAGGGAUACGCUUCCAGCAUCAACUUUCGGCUGAGGAUCCCGAACUGGGUCGCGGAGCACUACUCGAGGGACCAGAGCGAUGCGGACGGAGUCGACCGCAAGCACUCCAAGUUCCGUGCUGACGAGAGCGUGCCGGCCGACUUCCGGGCCACCAACGACGACUAUCGAGGCUCGCGCCUGUCGCGCGGCCACAUGGCUCCCGCCGGCGCGCACAAGCAGUCCCAGGAGGCGCUGGACGAGACCUUCCUGCUCUCGGCCAACAUUCUGCCGCAGGAGCUCUCCAACAACGGCUCCGACUGGCUGCGGCUCGAGCGCUGGUCGCGCGGCCUGCUCAAGGAGUACAGCGACGUCUACGUCGUCUCGGGGCCACUCUUCCUUCCGGACGACAGCUCCGCCGCGAGCGACGCGCCGCCUCCGGCAGCAGCCUCAGCCGCAGCCGCCGCCUCUGCCUCUCCGGCCGUCGACGCGAGUGGCUGUCCCGACGCACCUCUUCAAGGUGGUGUUGGCCGAGCAGACGGGCACGGGCGAGAGGCGACUCGGCGCCUUCCUGCUGCCAAACGCCCCGGCGCGCGUGCGCGGCCACCCCGACAUCGACGAGUUCGCCGUGCCGCUCGCCGACGUGGAGCGCGCCUCCGGGCUCACCCUCUUCGAGGAACUCGGCGCGGCGCGCCACUCGGCGAUGGAGGUCCGGCCGCUCUGCGGCGCGGGCGCGGCGGCACGGUGCGGCAGAGGCGCCAUGGACGGGCGGAUCGCGGGCUGGAAGCUGCUGGGCCACCUCAAGCUCGCGGGCGACUGCAGCGCGCUCGAGGAGGCGUGGGGCGCAGUGCCGCCAAAGACGGAGGCCUUCGGCUUGAUGCGGCGUACAUAUGAAGACCGAUCCGGGACGAUGGCGUGCCCGCUGGCAGAGAAGAGGGAGAGGAGAGGGGACAUGACAGCUGUGUGUGGAGAGGACAGGUCAGGAGCGGGAUGA